GUUUUGUUUAAAACUGGGAUAUGUAUUAAGACAACAGGUAUGUUCGAAAUGUAAUAUUUCAAAUCAACCGCAAGGAGACACAUCUAUAUUUUUUACUUGUAUAUCAAUUAUAAAAAUGAUAGUUUGAAAAGACGACAAACCAAACAUUUAAUGAAAUGGAUAUCGGUCGAGUUCAUGUAUCUAAGGAAAGCAAAAGAAAAUGUGCACAUGAAAUGGCUAUGGAGCUUUCAACCAUAAUGACAGAAGACGAGAGACCAGAUACUGAAGUGGAUGAUACAAGACAACGGAUGGACAAUGAUUACAAGCUAAAACAGUGUUCAUACGAAAAUACGUUGAAAGAUAUUGAUGCUGUACAACUUAUACUAUAUCAAAAAGAUAAGCAGCUGCAAUUUAUACGGGAAGAAAACUGCUUAAUCCGAAAUCUUUUCAAUCAGCAGAUAGCAUCACUUCUAGAAGAAAUCAAAGAAAAAGAGAACAUUAUCCAACAACUUCAAAAAUUUGAUAAGUUCCAAGAGGUGAAAAAAGAAAAUACUCUAGACAGGUUGACUGUAAAGCUAGAAACAGUCAUUGGUGAAAUUAGUGGCAUGUGUUCUGCAAUAAAUGAACUGUUGGUUGAAGCCAGGAGGAAAAGCAGUCAAUCAGAUACCAAAAAUAUAACACUCAACAUUAAACAGUAGGGAAUUUUGCAGAUUUCUACAGAAGAAUAGACUAAAAAGAGUUUUUUUCACAGUUUAUUUUCCUAAGACAUAUAAUACUGCUAUUGUAUAUGCAGAAUGAUACUAGAUUUUAUAUACAAACUAACCACAUUACUGAAACAUUUUUUUUAAAUUAAUUUGUUAUUUUGAUCAUGAUGAUAGUAAAAUUUCCAAUGUUGAAAUUAAAAUACCAAUAAGUUUAACAUUUAAGGCAUGCAAAACAUACAGUCGAAGAAACGGUGAAGGGCCAAACAAUCUCCGUGGAUAUUAGAUGUGCCAAUGCUAAUACAUAUGCUUACCUGAUAUCAUUGAACUACCACUAAUGGUACCUAUAACCUGACCUAAUCACAAACUAAUACAUGUAAACUAAGCAAAAGUCAAUAGACCAUGUCUGAGGGGGCCAGGACAAAUAAUCUCAAUGAAAAUGGUACAUACCAAGUUAAUAUAACUGCAUAACAAAUAUUAUUGAAAUACUGCUUUUGGUUCCUAUUAACUGAACUCAUCAAAAAACUAAUACAUGUAAAUUAUGUAAAAGUUUCAAAGUCAAUAGACCAUGACUGAGGGACAGGGCCAUAUAAGCUCUAUUAAAAUGUGAUGUGCCAAUGCUAAAACAACUGCAUACUUAAUAUCAUUGACCAAAUACUAGACUAACUACAAAUACAUUGUUGACAUUGCUUGCCACCUCCGGAAACAGUAUAUCUAUAUCUCGCUAUAUAACUCUGUCAAGGAGAGACAAAAAUCAGUUGAAUCAAAUGGAUGUCCCUAAUAAAGAUGAUUGUAAUAUCCUGUAUAUUCAAUAAAUAUACUGAGCCAAAAAAGUUUAGCAACACCUUUUUUCAUUUUUUGUUGUUGAUGUUUAUGCAAUAUUUUUUUUAAAUAUCAAUGAUAUAAUCCUUAGUUUCACCUGUAAUUUUUAACAGUCUUAUUUUUUUCUGAAAAGAUAUAGGAAGAUGUGGUGUGAGUGCCAAUGAGACAACUCUCCAUCCAAUGUUUGAUUUCACGCCAUUUUAGCCUUUCACGUGUAAUUGAUGUUUUACCUUCUGUACCUGUACUUUUAAAACAAAAUUAAAAAAAAAAAUCACUAAAGUUCAGAAACACACCAUUGUUCAGAAAAACACAAAAAAGUUUGAAAAAUGCAUGGGGCGUCAACCUGGCCUCCCUAAAAAUGACUGUUAGAAGGCUAUUUGAAUGGUUGAUGCCAGAAUGAGUGUUUCUGAAGGCAUGGCUUGAUUAAAUGUGCAUAAUUCAACAGUUUAGACACUAACAAACAGAUAUCGACAAAUUGCAACUGCACAGGAUAGGUCGAUAAUUCGUAGACCAAGAAAAACUAUCAUCAAGGGAGGAGCGCUACUUUCGCUUUACAUCAACACGUGACAAGUUUUUUUCCGGCCACAAAUGUAUUGCAUUGACUUAGGGAAGCUGCUGGUGUGCCUGCCAGUCUUUCAUUGAUGCACUUAGGGUAUGGCCGAGAAAUUGAUUUUGAAUAACACAAUACUCAUUUUUGCAUUUUGACCAUUCCGCGCUCCAUACAAAGAAAAUCCUAAUGGAUGUGAGUGAUAAACAUUCAUGUUGCUUCAGACAUGUCAUAAUGUCAUUUUUUAUUAUUAUAAUCAUAUGUUGUUACAAUUUUGAAAUAAAAAAAAAAAUCAUAUUUUCUUGCUAAACUUUUUUGACUCGGUAUAUAUUUUUCCUA